AUGAAACGCAAACAGCGCGAGGCGAGUCCCGAAGUAGAGGAUCCCAUUCAGUGUAAAAGACGUGUCACUUCGCAAGUCCUUACUUCUGAUGAUGAGUCUGCCGCUCUGAUUAAAACAGGUACGGGCAAUGCUGAGAACCCUUUUUUUGGAAAGACGGCUGUGAAGACACGCAAGAAGAUGGUUGAGUCAGAGUAUACGAAGACAGACUUGUUUGCCAUUGUCAAGGGAGAAAUGAAAGCAAAACGGAGUGUAUGGGAAGCCCUUCUUCACGAAUUUCGUCUAGAACAGCAGCCAUGGAUUCCAGCUAUCGAACGUACCCUCGGCAUAUACGAUUCCAUGGCAAAAGGAGUGGAAAAUAAAUCCGCCCAUCCGACACUCCAGGUCAAGCUGAAGGCCUACUGGUUCAAAUACAUGGUAGAACUUAGACGGUGGAAGAACUAUAAAGGAGCAUACUCGGACUGCGAAAGCAUAUGUCGAUAG